AUGCCUUCGUCCGAAAACGCCAUGGCUCCUGCCACGCCUCAAGUCCAACGCCAGUAUUCCUCCGGCUCCUUGGACUCAUACAACCCAGUUCUCGUUACUCCAGUCAUAGGUACCGAGUUCCAAAAGGACACGUGCAACAUCGUCGACAAUAUCCUCCACGCCGAGGACGCGAAUCGAAAGAUCAAAGACCUCGCCAUUCUAGUGGCCGAACGGGGCGUCGUUUUCUUCCGAGCACAAGACAACCUCACGAACGACCUCCAAAAAGACCUCAUCUUCCGCAUGGGCGAACUGACCGGCCGCCCCGCCUCCCACGGCCUUCACAUCCACCCAGUGACCAACGACGCGCGCGAAUUCGGCGACCCAGAUCCCCAAAUCAGCACUAUUAGCUCAGAGGGCCGGAGAAAGCUCUACAAGGGCUCCGUGUACACUACUCAAGCGGCCGUCUGGCACAGUGAUAUCUCCUUCGAGCAGGCGCCGGCAGACUUCUCGUCCCUCCGCCUGACCCAGCUUCCGGUUACUGGUGGAGAUACUCUCUGGGCGAGUGGCUAUGAGGUCUAUGACCGCAUUAGCAAGCCCUAUCAGCGGUUUCUGGAGAGAUUGAGUGCCGAUCAUGUAGGCGCGGGAUUUAGAGCUAUGGCGAAGUCUGGCAAGUUUGAUGUAUUUUUGGGACCGAGAGGAGCGCCGGUCAAUGUGGGCGACGAACUGGGGGCGACGCAUCCAGUGGUGAGGACAAAUCCGAUUACGGGGUGGAAGUCUAUUUUUCCGAUCGGUUCUUUUCCAGCGCGAAUCAAUGAAGUGAACCGCAGGGAGAGUGCAAAUAUGCUACAGUGGUUUCAAGACCUUAUUACCUAUGGACAUGACCUGCAGGUCAGAUUGAAAUGGAAUGAUCCAAAUGAUAUCGCUAUCUGGGAUAACCGGAGUGUCUUCCAUACGGCUACUGGGGACCAUGACGGGUUUGGUGCACGGAGUGGUAACCGGGCUGUUGGCGUUGGAGAAGUGCCGUUCUUUGACCCCUCAAGCAAGUCUAGGAGGGAGGAUCUAGAGAUUGAGGACACCUUAGCGGCAUGCCAUUUGUAA